AAAGAACCAAUAUACAUUUUGAAUAAUUGAGUUAUUCAUUGGUGAUAGUCGCGCCCUCUUUGCGGGGGAGCCAUUAUAUACAGAAUAUUGCAAGGACUCGUCUUCUGGACACGAGGUUGUUUUGUGCUCUUACAACGUGAAAUUACAAGCAGAAAAUUAUCAUCCCUUCAAUGGAGGAAAUUGGAUAACUAAUCAAGGACAAUCGUCCAUCAUAAAAUCGACAGAAGAGAACAACAAAGAGCUCGUGAUAUUGAAGAGAUGCAACGUUGCCCUUAUCUUCACGAGAUGAAGGAGCGUCUGCUCUCGCAACCAACACCAACUGACAGUUUGGAUAUGGAACGUCUCGACGGAAGUGGCACUCCUGUAAAGGAAGCACACUUACACAACGAUUAUCCAGCCCACACGAAUCCCGGAGUUAUCCCUGACCCACCAGAAAUGCCACCUGACUCAUUAAUCGGCACCGUUGUCAAGCUAAAUUCCGACGGUUAUGGUUCUCACACGUCACCGGCGCACGCCAGACAACCCCUAGUACCACAAAAUGCGAAUAACCAACCCCUUUGUUUUACGCCUACGCACACACUUCCCACAUCUGGCACAUUGCCAAAGAAUGCCAAGACGUCCCUUUUUAUCAUCAUGAGCUUUAUAUAUGCAAAACUUUUAAUAGUUGUUUGCAUUGCCUAUGUAAUAAGCGAUGUUGUCACUUAUCGAAUACCUGCAUAUUAUUAUGAGGGUUUCUUCACAUACCUUUAUGGAGUCAGCAUCCUCUUUCUGCUCUACGUAUUCUGCUUCCUCCUUCAGGAAAGCGCCUGCUGCUCCAGGGGCGUUGAAACACCUCCACCACCGCCACGACCACCAAAAGCAUCUAAAGAAACAAAAGACAAAGAUAAGAAAAAGAAAGACAAAAAGGUCAAAGAACAAAAAGGACAAAAAGAUAAGAAAAAGAAGGAACCUGCAGAUGUGGAAGCUGCGGUGGUUACUCGAAAGCGUAAAACCACACAAAAUGAUCAAAGCCAUGGUAGCUUUUUCCUCAGGAUGGGCGCGAUCGCUUUCGGUUUGGGGACAAUGGUUUACAAUGGAUUGGAAUUCGGAACCUUUUUCGAAGUUUUACCUACUUCACCAUGUUAUCAAAUUCUAAAAGGAGUGAAUCCCGUUCUACAAAUGAUUUUCACUUUCAUGCAAAUGUAUUUCAUUUUCAUGAAUUCAAGGCUCAACAUUCACCGGUUUAAAGUAAUCGCUCGUUUCGGUCUAAUGCACGUUGUAGCAACAAAUGUUUGCGUUUGGAUACGAACCUUGGUAUUGGAAACUUUAAAAGAUAUCACAGUCUAUCACAAAAGUUUGGGACGAAAAGAAAUCGGUCUUUUGGCGAGUAUCAGCGAGCACACCAUAAGGAAUGCCGAUGCAAUUCUUGGCAUUGAACCACGAGAUAUGGCUCAACUACGAAAAUUAUCUUACUCGACGACCGUGAAACCACCAACUGCAAUUAGAGCUGUCAGAACAACCGUAUCAUCCUUAGGACGUGUUGCUCGAACAACGGCAAGAGCUGUUGCACGAGCUGUAACAACAGCUACAACAACAACCACUACUCCAUGGAGAACUUCAUCUACAGCUAAUCCAUCAACAACCACUACCACUACUUCUACCACCACUACCACUUCGACAACACCAUUUCCCACUACACCCACCAGACAACCUACAACAGCAGCAACAACAUUCUCAACUUUACUGACAACCUUGACUCCAGCUAAGAAUAACACUUGGAGGGAAACUACACCAUCAUCAACCACAACAAGCACUAGCACUUUCUCCACCACAACACUAUCACAAUUCGUCGCUGGAUUGUUUGACUCACCGCAGUCCAUCAACAAGAAUAACAUUCCUCAGGCUUAUGAUGUAAAUCCAAGUCUUCCCAGCAAUUCGAGUAAUGAGACUUCAUACUGGGGAUCCAAUUUCGGAAUUCAUGCCGAGGCACUCACUGCCAAUUUUUCAAAUAAAAAUUCAUGCGAACGUGUUAGCAUUAUGGGUACCACUGUUCAGGAUGCUGCACCCUAUUUGUAUCCAUUCAUCAUUGAAUACAGUCUUAUUGGCGCUGCUGUGAUUUACGUAAUGUGGAAGCAUAUUGGUCGUCAUCCACGUUGGCCACGACAAGCUGAAGCCGAUCUUGAACGUCGCUUAGAAGCAAUGCUAUCACGAAGGGCCGUUGCUCUUGCACAUGCAGAAGGAGAUGAACCACCAAGCGAUUGUGAAAUCGUUCCGUCCGUUAACGAGAGUGAAGAAACCAAUCGGACCACUACGGGGAAGCCUACUGUUCGGAAUGGACACGGCCGAGUGGAUUGUGUUGGGGCCAGCAAAGGACUUUUCUUCGGAUUACUACUCUUAGUGGGUUCAUUGAUCUGUUUGAUAUGUUUCUUCGUACUGAUACGCAAUCCUGGAAUGGGACUAUUGGCAAUUUAUCUGGCAGACGCUUCACAUUGUCUAUUAAUGGCACUCUCCAUCAUUGCCAUUAUAAUUGGAUUUAUUCGCGUGCAGAGUUUGAAAUUCAAGGCCGAGGAACAGAGUGAUCUGAAUGAUAUUCUACUUCGAGUUUCGGCUUUUGGUCUCUUCAUUUACGCGGCAUUUAGCGUGAUAGCUGGCUCUCUCUCGGCUUUUACUCACGAACCAAAUCUUCUCGUGAUGGUCACAGGUCUUCUUGCUGUAGCACAGGUGGUACUACAGAUGCUCUUCAUUUCUGAUGUCUCACGUAGGAGAGUUCAUUUACCGGAACACGAUAGAAGCAAACCUGGUCGACAGAUUGUCACCUUCCUGUUGAUGUGCAACGUUACAAUGUGGGUCAUUUAUUCAUUCGAGGCACAUAAAGUCAAUCUCAAUCCAGUUCAACUUGACUUUUAUGGAUAUCUUGCUUGGGCAAUUGUGCAGAGGGUCACAUUGCCACUAUGUAUUUUCCAUAGGUUCCACAGUGCAGUGACGCUUGCUGAGAUUUGGAAGACCAGCUACAAGGCACGUCUUGAGUAAACAAAGAAACGAGCAACGACAAUGGAAAGAGAAUAAAUCGUUCGUUUAAUACGAGUCAUAACAGAAAAGAAUUUUUUCCAUGCGGAAAUGGAAUGGAAAUAUCAAUCUUGAAGUAUUAAACCUAAAAAAGUAUUUAAGAGGAUUCAAAAACCAAGAUUGAAAGAUGAAGUUACUAUGACUCGUCCGAGACAUGAAUGGGUCAAUGUUUUGUUUUCUUUUCUUGGAAUAAAACUGAGAGAUCAAAGAUUUUUUGAUUUCUUGCAGAGGAAAGUAUAGAUUGACUCGCUAAGCUACAACGAACGAAGAAAGCCCUUGGGAAAAAAAAUAAAGGGACUGAAAGUUUAGUACUCGUUUUAAAUAUUCUUUCAGUCAGCAAGUUUCCACCUCAACAAUAAAAAAAAAGUGAUAAAUCCAUCACUGAAGCUGAAUUUCAAGGCGAUUACGGGUGAAAUAAUCCGAGUUUCAACACUUUAAAAAAAAUAAAAGUAGCACUUGAGAGUAGCGCGCAUUUACUUUCACGCAAACAUCACUAGUAAAUUUUAUGCUAUUGUCGUGUUUUCUACUUUUAUACGAACCACGUCCUGCAUCGAAAAUGACUGUAUACCAGUCCUCGAUGUAUGGACGAGGCCAUCAUUUCGUUGAGUUUUUCUGUCAAUGAAAAAAAAAACAAAUUUGUGAUCACACCUUGCCGAUUUAAGACAAGUGUAUAAAAAAUGCAUUUAUAAUCUCAUGCGGACGCAAAUUCAUCGCGCAAAAAAAAAUGAGUGAUUAUUACACUCUUUGACACAUUUUCUUUUUGUCCCGCAAUUCUGUGUUCACUGCGCAUCGCAAAGUACAAAAUUGUUUCUACUUUUCCAAAUACUUUAUCGCACUGUCUUACGUAUAUAUAUGUAGCAUCGCGUGACAAGAAAUUGAGAAUUGAAUAUUGAACGGGGGAAAAAAACCAGAAGAUGUUAAAGACAGAGAGUUUUUAAACAAAACAUAAAAAGAGAAAUGGAACGAGAGGAGUUUUAACGAAAAGUGUGUAUAGAGAAUGUAGUUAUUUUUUUUAAAAGCACUGAUCGCGUAUAAAUCACCGAUAAAGAGACGAAAAGAGACAGAAACCAAGUCAUUAACUAAAAAAAGCUAACUAUGAAUAAUAGAUAUCGUUAAAUAUAGUAGGCAGAGGAAGUGCAACAGGUAGAUUCUAGAAUAUGUUAGUUAAAAUACAUCGUUAGAUGAAUUUCAUCACUCAUGAAAAAGAUAAAAAAAAAAAAAAGUAACUAACUAUUGAUUAGUGUCUAAGGCCGUUUCAGUGAAAUCGAUCAUUUAAACUGAAUAUAUUUGUCUCGGCAAAAAUCGUUGUGAGAAAGAUUCACCAUUUAUAUAGGGAAAUAAAGGCAAAAUUUUUUUUGCACACCCAUCCUUCUCAUCAACCGCGUAAUCUCCAUCCUCCAAUAAUUAUGUACUUACAUAGCUUUCGAGUCUAAAUAUUUUAAUUAUUAGAUUUAUGAAGUGAAGAAAAAGAGAGGUUAUUAUUAAAUUUAUUGACUACGAAAAUAAUCGCGCAAACAUCGCGACAAAUUACGACAUUAUACAUAAACGUAUUAAAUUAAAAUACGUAUAUCCGAAAUGACACUAUUGACAUAUAUAUAUAAUAUACGAUAUAAAUUAUAUAUAUAUAUAAAUAUAUAUAAAUAUAGAUAUAUAAAUAUAUUAUGAGAGAAGAAUGAAUCUGAUUGAACGCGACUGAAUGAAAUGUAAAUAUCAAUAAAAAUUAAAGUACGACAGAGCGUUUGUGAAACGAAAAACGUGCCAUUUUUCAUUAAUUUUGUUUUUUUACAUUCUUUUCACCGACGCUCUGACGCCCGAGACUUGCGUGUAUCUUAGGGUGUUUAAAAAAAGAAAAGAACAAACAAAAAUGCGAAUAAAAUAUUAUCAGUGGAAUGACAACUUAGAAAAAUAUAAUCUUUCGUUCAAAAAAAUGGCCAUUUACCAAAUAUUGAGAAAGAUAAAUAUAUAUAAUAUAUACACUGCCAUACCGGACCAAUUUCAGAGCAAAAAAAAAAAGAAAAUAAACAUUCACAAUCAUUAUUCGAAGGGGAAAAAAAUUAAAAAUAAAAAAAAUCCGGUCGAGUCAUCAUCAUUUAUAUUAAAAAAAAAAAAGCACCUAUAAAUCCUUCCACGAUUCUCGCAAAUAUGUGAGACUUAUACGAGUGUGCGUGCAAAGUAUGAAUGAAAUCGAACGAAUGUGACGUUUUCAUUUGGCAACGACGUCUUUGUAAUAUGCCCGUAUCGUGAGAAGAAUUCUUGUAUAAGUAACACCGAUAUCUUAAAAUAAUACAGUAGCCCUAAGCCUAGCAAAGCAAAGCCGCGGAUUUGCGCACGAUUUAAACAUAAUAAUUAACAAUAAUAAUAAUCCAGAGAUGGGAAAAGCAUUUAUAUCUUUAAUUAAUUAAAAUUUAACUUCUAUAUUACCCUUUUUCUGACCAGAGCCUUUAACUUUUUGCCAAGGUCAGAUCUAUAAAAAAAAAAAAAUAACGGUUAAAUGGACCACAAUAUACUCGGAUAGAUUUUGAUUAUUCCUUAGCAAAAAAAAUACUGAAUUUUUCUCAAAUUAUUGAAUUAUAAAAUUUAAAAAAAGAAAUUCAGAUUUUUUGAUAAGGAAUGCAAGAUUAUACGCUUAUUUUCUACUCUAGUUUUAGAAUAACUCUCGAAUUUUUAUUUCAAAAUUUUUUUUUAAAUUUGGGAUUUUUUUUAAUGCUUUUUUUUAAUUUUUACUGCUUUCUUUAAAAUAAACGGAAAUAUUAUGACUGAUCCAAUAUACUUUAAUGUAAUACAUAUUUAUAUGUUUAAUUAAUAAUUAUUUAUACUAUAUAAUUAAUAUCAUAUAUAUUGUAUAUAAAGGGAUUAUGAAUUUUCAAUUCACUCCUAAAAGAAACCCAAUACCAAAGUAUUUAACUCCGCCACAUUGUUACUAAUAUAUUUCAUUUAUAUACUUAAUGUUCAUUGUUCGAUAUUUGUUAAUUAAGAUAUUAAUCUUUUUAAUAAGAUUUACAUUUUUAAUAUAUCUUUACAAUGCAUUGUACCUGGUGAUUAAUUAUUAUUAUUAUUUUUAUUAUUAGUAUUAUUAUUGUUAUUAUUAAUUUAUUAAUAUUAUUAUUCUGCUAAAAUCCCAUCUCUGUGAAAAUGUAGAACUAUAAGUGAAUAAUUUUCUUCAGGUUUAUUGAGCAAGGUCAUGAUUAAUAAUUCAACUGGAUUUUAAUACUUUUCAUGGGGAAGCCAAUCAAAUGAAAGUUUCACGAAGGUGUGACCACGUUAUUCAAUAUAUAUAUACACACAGAAAAUCUACUUUCGCGUAAUACUAAACGCUAUAUUAUAUAUAUAAAGUUAUAUAUACAUAUAUCGAUGAUCAGACUUUAAUGCAAUCCGCGGUGAUGUUAUUUAAUAUUACGUAGAAAGUUUUUGAUGUCUUCGACUAUAAUUAUCAAAGUUUGUACACACACGCGCACAAGUGACUCAUACUUACAACUAUACAGAAACACAACUGAACAUUAAUGUAAAUGAACAAGAUAAUUAAAAAAAAAAUAAAUAAAUAAAAUAAAAAAUGCAUACAUGUUGUCAAGUAAGCAGUUCUUAAUCCAAAUAGUGAGAAGAACUUUUAAUUCAUUCAUUCGCAAGAUCAUUGAUUGUAAUGUUAUAACGUUUCAUUGUAUCCGUUGAAUGGCACGUACGCGCAUGUCUCAUCCGCGUAAUAAUUUGUAAUGAUAAUGAUUAUUUGGUUAAUAAAAGUUAUCUAGAUGUA